CGGCGGCACCGGCGCAUCCGCCGCCACCGAGGGGACUCUGCGCCGGCCGGGUCGGAUCGACUCCGGCCGCGCGCCUCGUUCGCCCCGCGCCCCUCCAACCCCCGCGCGUGCUCCCCGCGGCGCCCUCCCCGCUCCCCGCCCCCCGCCUCCCUGCCCGCGCCCUCCCUCCCGCGCGCUCCCAGCCUUCGGCCGCCGCCUCGCUGAGCCCAGAACGAGCCGGGCAGGGGCGGCGGGGCCGGGCGGGGCUGCGGGCGGGCGGGCGGGCGCGCGGACCCCGAGGCUAUGAAGUGGCCCCCGGGGGCCCGCAGCCCGAGAGUUCCCGGGGAGGGAGGCGCGCGCGGCCCAGGGCUGCAGCCUAGGGGCGCCAGGGCCGGGGCGUAGGGGCCGCCGCCCGCGAUGGACCGCGCCGGGGAAGCUCCGGACUCGUCGCCGCAGGUGUCCACCCCCCAGAAUUCCUGACCGCCGCCCCUGGACAGUGACCCCUUCUCAGACUCCAGCCGGGCCGGACUCUCCAAACCUGCUUCCGCAAUGGGUAAUGAGGAGCCGUGGGUGCAGCCAGCCUUGGAGAUGCCGAAGAGACGGGACAUCCUAGCGAUCGUCCUCAUCGUGCUGCCCUGGACUCUGCUCAUCACCGUCUGGCACCAGAGCACCCUGGCUCCCCUGCUUGCGGUGCAUAAGGAUGAGAGCAGUGACCCCCGACGCGACGCGCCACCCGGCGCAGACCCCAGGGAGUACUGCAUGUCUGACCGCGACAUCGUGGAGGUGGUGCGCACCGAGUACGUGUACACGCGGCCCCCACCAUGGUCUGACACGCUGCCCACCAUCCACGUGGUGACGCCCACCUACAGCCGCCCGGUGCAGAAGGCCGAGCUGACGCGCAUGGCCAACACGCUGCUGCACGUGCCCAACCUUCACUGGCUGGUGGUGGAGGACGCGCCGCGCAGGACCCCGCUGACCGCGCGCCUGCUGCGUGACACCGGCCUCAACUACACGCACCUGCACGUGGAGACGCCCCGCAACUACAAACUGCGCGGAGACGCCCGCGACCCGCGCAUCCCGCGGGGCACCAUGCAGCGCAACCUGGCCCUGCGCUGGCUGCGCGAGACCUUCCCGCGCAACUCCAGCCAGCCCGGCGUGGUGUACUUUGCCGACGACGACAACACCUACAGCCUGGAGCUCUUCGAAGAGAUGCGCAGCACCAGGAGGGUGUCCGUGUGGCCUGUCGCCUUUGUGGGCGGCCUGCGGUACGAGGCCCCACGGGUGAACGGGGCAGGGAAGGUGGUCGGCUGGAAGACGGUGUUUGACCCCCACCGGCCGUUUGCAAUAGACAUGGCUGGAUUUGCAGUCAACCUGCGGCUCAUUCUACAGCGAAGCCAGGCCUACUUCAAGCUGCGAGGCGUGAAGGGAGGCUACCAGGAAAGCAGCCUCCUUCGAGAACUUGUCACCCUCAAUGACCUAGAGCCCAAGGCAGCCAACUGCACCAAGAUCCUGGUGUGGCACACACGGACAGAGAAGCCAGUGCUGGUGAAUGAGGGCAAGAAGGGCUUCACUGACCCCUCGGUGGAGAUCUGAGCCUCAGGAUGCAGGAGCCUCCUCCUCAGACCCUGUUCUUGGCCUUCCAUCCUCUCCCCAUGGCUGAUGGUCCCUCCAAGGCCGACUCCUAAGGAAUCACCAUCACCCUCCUUUCUAUUCUGGGGGCUUCUGAGAGAGCCCAGCCUGAUGCCAGGACAAAGGACAGAAUUUAAGCACAGAAAUCCCAGACCUAUUGUUCUCUCCAUCCAGCGUGACCAGGGCCCAAGAGACCUGAGGGCCAGGGUGGGGUGUCCAGCGCCAGCCAAGCCGCUGCUCCAGCAAGCCUCCCCAGAGCUCCCCGCACUGCCGGGGCUGCAGGAGCAGGGCAGUGGCACCCACACCAGCUCUGCAGUGAUGCGGGCGGGAGAGAGAUGAGAAGACCCUGCAGUCAAGUGGAGCACGGCUCUCCCUGGCUCCCUGCCCCUGAGCCCAGCACGAACACACAGGGAAUUCUGACGACCAGAGAGCAGGCCAGGGGCAUCACAAACGCGCUGCUCCUCUCCCCAGCCCCUGCUCUUUCCGAGAGCUGCCCGCAAAUCAGACAUACCUCUGUGGCUCUCCUCUGGUUCAUGUUUACAGAGCAUAAGGCUGUCUUUGAUCCCAACAGGCACCCAGCCCUGCAUGGGGGGAGCCUGGGGCCUAAUAGGCACCCCCUGUACCUCAGGCUGUGGCGGGAGCAGAGUCCCCUCCUCUGGCCCCUCUUCCCUCACGCCUUCUCCUCCAGCACUGGCAAGGGGUGGGCUCUAGAGUCAGCACAGGUCACUACCUGACCUGGACUAAGAACCCCACAGCACCUCUGUCCACACACUGCCUCCCUGCCGCCCACCUGGGCUGCUAGGCCCCUCACUUGGACUGGACUGGGGAGGGAAGGCGCCUUUUCCUGCAGCUCUUCAGAGCCACAGACCUCAGGGUGGAGUGAGCCCACGGUGGGCAGUUGGCAAGGCAGUGGGUGGCGGGCAAGGCGGGACCUCCUGCAGCCUGGAAAGAGGAGGCAGGCCAAGGCCAUUCCCUAACUGCAGCUCCCUCCUGCCCCUGGUCUGAAGAGGAGGCCUCUGGAGUAGCAGAGGGAUGGAGGAAAAGGGGACAGGGGCUGCUGGGACACUGAGCACGAGGAGGCCUGAGCACACUGCUUCGGAAAUUACUCCAAACACAAAAAAGGGAAAGAAAAUGUCACUUCCCCUAAGUUGGGAGAAUGCAAAGCUAUCCCGCCUCAUGUCCGGCUGCCCACUUUCCACCCUAGAGAAAGAACAAUGUGCCUCACGCCCUCCCCAGGCCUCCAGGGCCGCUGGAGAGGGCCUGGGCUCCCCCUGGCCCAGCUGGGCUCUCUUAUAGUGGUCUGGCUCAUUCUCCUGCAAGUUGGAAGCACAAUUUUCCUCCCAAGUGGAGGAAAAGGAAAGGGCCCCAGCCUACCGAAGAGGCAUUUAUUCUUUAACUAACAGCCUCCCACUCCACUAAGACUGACCAGGACAGGUCUGAGGGCCAUUCAGAACCCACGUCUCACUGGGCAGGUGAGUGGGGCUCAGUCCAGAGACCUAACAUUCAGAAUACAGCAUUGGCUGCCUAUUUUGAGAUGGAUUUAACCUCCCACAGUGUUCAUGAGACCAUCUGAUGGAAUCAGAUCUCUGAGCCACCUUGCGGGACAUUUUCCCCACCUCCUACACCCUGGAUGCCAUUUUGGAAACCAAGCCCUUGGAGGCAAGUGGGGUGGCAUGUGAGAGAAGGGGGGAGGUUCACAGGGGGUGAACUUAGGUGUGGGCACUGUCCUGCCUUACUCACGGAAGCCAGCCCUGAGUGCCAAGGUCAGCUUGGCUGGUCUGAGGCCACCUUCUUAGCAAAAAACCCAGGUUUCAUUUUCAGGAAAUUGAUAAUGAACAAUAAAAUGGGGGACUUCUUUUGGCAGAUGCUAGGUCAGAUGUUUUCACCUAAUAUCCUCUUUUAGCUGCAUGUAUAUUUAUUUAUAAUUGUAACCCUGGUGGACUGCAGCCUUCAUCUUGGUUGGGAAUGAGUUUGUUACAAAUCAGAAAUGGGUCCAUGAUGACGAUUCUUUUCCAAACCCAGUCUGUUCCCUGUUCCCUUGCUGGCAAGCCCCACCACAAAGGAGUGAGGCCAGGGGCUAGGAAUUCCAAGAACAGAGGCUGGGGUAAGGGUGGCACCCAGGCAGCUGCAUCUGGUCUGUUUUAAUUUAACUGUAUUUAAUUUGCUUUCAAAAUUAAAAGUCAAAUACAGUUUUUAACAGUCCUAA